CUACUGUACACACAACCAACUACACACAAGUUCACCUGCUUAUAUUUACUUCAGUCCUUAUAUAUAGACCGCUCCUCAUUUUUCCAUCCUUACCACUCAAAUUCAUACUCGUAAACUUUUUUAUUUUUUCAUUUUUUGGUUUUUGGUACAUUGCUUGAAAAAUGGAGGCAAAGACAAGAAGCCGCCGGGCACGUUUGCUGCUAUGGACUGCUAUGGCUGCAAUGUUUUCUGUUGCGUCCGCCGCCACCUUUGAUAAUCAGAAGAAUUACUAUAUACCCGACCCGCACACGCCUCCCACAGUUCCGAAUCUCCCGAUUGUCCCUCCACCGCACGGCUCGGGCGGCGGCCACCUGACCCCAACCCCAUCCCACGGCACUCCACCCGCCAACUGCGGCAAACCUCCAAGCGGCAGCGGCAGUGGCGGCGGCGGCCGCCACCACACCACCCCGUCACCACCCACCGGCGGCAGCGGCAGCAGCCACCACCCCCCUCCGACGACCUCCACCCCGGGCACCACAGUCCCGUCCCCUCCUUUCUCUUUCGACCCCAACUCACCCCCAUUCAACUGCACGUACUGGAGAAACCACCCGACCUUGAUAUGGGGCCUGUUCGGGUGGUGGGGGACAACUGUCGGGAGCGCGUUCGGGGUGAGCAGCCUUCCAGGGUUCGGGGCCAACACAAACAUACUCCAGGCACUCUCCAACACCCGUACAGAUGGGCUCGGGCAGCUCUGCAGAGAAGGAACAGCUGCCCUGCUCAAUGCCAUGGCCCACACGAGGUUCCCUUACACGACUACCCAGGUCAGGGACAGCUUUGUGGCGGCACUCGGGUCAAACAAGGCGGCUGCUGCCCAGGCUCGGCUGUUCAGGAUGGCAAACGAGGGUAGAACCAAGCCCAAGGCCUGAAGAUUAAUUAUGUGUUCCCUUUUUAAAUUUGUUGUAUUUGCUUAAAUUCGCUGUGUGUGUGUGCUCUGCUUUUUAAAUUUAUGCUUAUUCGACAUCUUAUGUAAGAGUAGUGAAUUUGUUUCGUGUUGCGCGUUAUUACCUUCGUUCCAAAAUCACAAAGUU